AUGAGGUGUCUUCACUACGCCAGCAUCAUCGCGUGGUUCGGCACGGCCAUCCUCUUCGGCGUCUUCUUCAACAAGCCGCCGCCGGAGCUCCCACCUCCUCCAGACACGUGCUCACGGAGGGGCUUCCUCUGGCGCAAGUGCUCCGACGGCUGUGUGCGCCAGGGCAGCGUCUGUGUGCCGGACCGGCGGCUGUACGCUGGCCUCCGGAUGCCAAUGGGCGUGACCGAGGUGUCGCGCCGGCCCUCGCCCGCCCGCGCGCACGACCUGAUGAAGAAGCGGUCGGUGCCAAACUGCCUCGCCGCGGCCGACAUCUUUGAGGCCGCGGCGAGGGCGGCGCACGCCGACGCGGUGGCGGCGGCGGAGCUGAAGCUGAUGGCGGGCAACGCGCUCAACUGCGCCAUGCGCAUCCGCGGCAGCGGCAACAUCCUUCUCCUCGACGGCACCCUCGACACACCCGCCAACAAGAAGAGGCGCGCGCUGCAGGAGAUGGAGUCGGCCUUCGAGGCGGCGCCGCGCACGCGCCGGAACGGCUACUACACCUGCCUGCUCCGCUACCAGCACGAGGACUUCGCGGGCGCGGCGGCGGCGUGCGACGCGGCGCUGCGCAGCGGCGCGUGCGACGGGCCGACCACCCCGGACUACUGCGACCGGCUCACGGAGGAGACGAGGAGGCUGCUGGCGCUGGCCUCGCGCGCCGCCGCGCAGUGA